CUGCCCCUGCGCUCCAAGCUCAGCCCCAGUGUCUUUAGCUAGUUGCGGAGCCGGCAGGGGUGAGGUCCCCAGCGGGAGGGCGAGACUGGACUUGGGGCUGCGCGCUAGCCCCCCCAUGCGCGUGCACGCCCUUCCCAUUUGUCUCCGCGCGCGUGCACGCUCCUCCCAUCCGUCUCCCCGCGCGUGCACGCCCUUCCUCUCUGCCGUCUCCCCGUGCGUGCGUCGCGGUCGGCCGUCAGAAAGGCACGCGCCUCGCCUUUAACGCGGGCCGAAGGCGCGCGGCCCGUAUGGCGUGCGAGCGGCGGCAGCUGCGGGCCUGGCCAGGCCUGGGCUGAGGCCGAGCCAGCCGCGGGGUUCCGCAGCCCUGGACGGCGCCCAUCAUGCGGCGGUUGCGGCGCCUGGUGCAUCUGGUGCUCCUCUGUCCCUUCUCCAAAGGCCUGCAGCAGGGCCGGCUCCCAGGCCUCAGGGUCAAGUAUGUCUUGCUGGUCUGGCUGGGCAUCUUCGCGGGCAGCUGGAUGGUCUAUGUGCACUACUCAUCCUAUUCGGAGCUCUGCCGUGGGCACGUCUGCCAGGUGGUGAUCUGUGACCAGUACCGCAAGGGCAUCAUCUCCGGCUCUGUCUGCCAGGACCUGUGUGAGCUGCAGAAAGUGGAGUGGAGGACCUGCCUGUCUUCAUCGCCAGGCCAGCAGGUAUACAGUGGGCUCUGGCAGAAGAAGGAGGUGACCAUCAAAUGUGGCAUUGAGGAGGCCCUGAACUCCAAGGCCUGGCCAGAUGUAGUUCCGCGGCGGGAGCUGGUACUGUUUGACAAGCCCACCCGGGGCACCUCCAUCAAGGAGUUCCAAGAGAUGAUCCUCAGCUUCCUCAAGAGACCAGGCCAGACCCAGUCAGUGCUCUGCCAGCUGAGAGGUGUGCACCAGGGCGUGCUUCUCUGCCUUCCUUUUGGUCCCAAAUGUCAGGCGAACCUAGGAGACCUGCCCUCCCUGCCAACGCUGGUUGACCAGAUCCUUCUCAUGGCGGACUUCAACAAGGAUAGCAGGGUGUCCCUGGCAGAGGCCAAGUCUGUCUGGGCCCUGCUGCAGCGCAACGAGUUCCUGCUGCUGCUGUCCCUUCAGGAGAAGGAGCAUGCUUCCCGGCUGCUGGGCUACUGCGGGGACCUCUACCUUACUGAGGGCAUCCCCCGCGGCUCCUGGCAUGGAGCAGUGCUGCUGCCUGCCUUGCGCCCGCUCCUGCCCUCGGUGCUGCACAGGGCUCUCCAGCAGUGGUUUGGACCUGCAUGGCCCUGGCGUGCCAAGAUUGCCAUUGGCCUGCUGGAGUUUGUAGAGGAGCUCUUCCAUGGUUCCUAUGGUACCUUUUACAUGUGUGAGACCACACUGGCCAAUGUGGGAUACACGGCCACCUAUGACUUCAAGAUGGCUGACCUGCAGCAGGUGGCGCCUGAGGCUACCGUGCGCCGCUUCCUUCAGGGCCGCCACUGUGAGCAGAGUUCUGACUGCAUCUAUGGGCGAGAUUGCAGGGCUCCAUGUGACAGGCUCAUGAGGCAGUGCAAGGGCGACCUCAUCCAGCCCAACCUGGCCAAGGUAUGUGAACUGCUGAGGGAUUAUCUGCUGCCUGGUGCUCCUGCCGACCUCCGUGAGGAGCUGGGCAAACAGCUGCGCACAUGUACUACACUGAGUGGACUGGCCAGCCAGGUGGAAGCCCACCAUUCACUGGUACUUAGCCACCUCAAGACCUUGCUCUGGAGGGAGAUCUCCAACACCAACUACUCUUAAUGCUGCAGGCUCCAGCCAUUAUAGCUCAGCUGUGAGUGGAGCACCCACUUGGGAAAGGUCACCCCUCUCCAAGUAAGUCUCCUCCACCCCACUUUCCCAACUGAGCAGAGGGGUCAUUUCUCUGUACAUGUAAAUAAAUGGCUUUUAUGCAACA